AUGGGGAUAUGUCUGCCGGAAAGCGACCGUUCCGAUGUCACUCAGAUCGUCAUGGUUAUGGUCGGCUUGCCGGCUCGUGGCAAGAGUUUUAUUUCAGGAAAAGUCAAGCGAUACCUGAGGUGGACGUCAGUGAAAGCCGAAGUCUUCAACGUGGGCUCGUACAGGCGAACAGACAAUCCGCAUCCCGAUGCCAAGUUCUUCGACGUGAACAAUGCCGAGGGCGAGAAAGCUCGCAAGGCUGCGGCAGAAGCCGCUCUCAACGACAUGCUGGAAUGGUUCAAAGACAAGGAUAACAAAGUUGCCAUUUUGGAUGCGACGAAUUCCACCAAGUCUCGACGGAAAUGGAUUCAUGACAAGAUUGUCGAAGCGAAACUCCUGCACAUCUUUGUGGAGAGCAAAUGCGAUAAUGAGGAUCUCAUCAUGUCAAACAUCCUCGAAGUCAAGACCUCGUCUCCCGACUACAUUGGACAAGACCCCGAAGAAGCAGCCAGGGACUUCCGUGACCGAAUUCGGAACUAUGAAAAAGUGUAUCAGACCAUUGACGAGUCCGAGAAGCAACUCACAUACGUCAAAAUCAUCAAUAUUGGAGAGCGAGUCGUCAUCAACCUUAUUCAAGAUUAUCUACAAUCGCGCCUUGUGUACUAUCUUACCAAUCUACAUAUAAAGCCACGCAGCAUAUGGCUGUCAAGGCACGGCGAAUCGGAAUAUAAUCUCGAAGGCAAAAUCGGAGGUGAUGCCAACCUCUCGGAACGUGGCCAGCGAUAUGCCAGGUUGUUGCCUGACCUUGUCAGGCGGUCCGGCCUUCCCAAAGACGCUCCGCUGACUAUAUGGACAUCAACACUGCGUCGCACGAGCCAAACGGCGAAAUAUCUGCAGAAAGAACUUGGCUGGGAGAAGCUACAAUGGAAAGCCCUCGAUGAGUUGGACAGUGGCGUUUGCGAUGGGAUGACAUAUAAAGAGAUUUCGGACAAAUUCCCGGAAGACUUCCAAGCUCGGGACGACGACAAAUACAACUACCGGUACCGCGGAGGAGAAUCGUACCGCGACGUGGUCAUUCGACUGGAACCCAUCAUCAUGGAAUUGGAGCGCAGUGAGAACAUCAUUAUCAUCACUCACCAAGCCAUUGUUCGCUGUAUUCUUGCAUACUUUAUGGAGAUCCCCCAGGAGAAGUCGCCCUGGAUGGAAGUGCCGCUGCACACGCUGAUGAAAUUGACGCCAAAAGCAUACGGGACUGAAGUUGAGCGGUUCAAAGCCGACAUUCCUGCCGUCAGCACGUGGCGCCCGAAAGGAUCGACCGCGAAACACCACGAUAGUGUGAGCGAAGGCAUGUCAGAUGCUGCAGUGGGCGAUCUUAAGAAUCUGAAAUUGACCGAAACUCCGAAUGCGGACGCAGAUGCGAGGCUGGGUACCGCAAAGGGGGGGAGAGAAGACGUCGCCGAUACGGGCUUCUCAAUGCCUGGCUUGCCUCUGCCUUGA